AUGCAGUCACUCUUCCUCAGCGACGUAGAGCUAGGAAAGAAGGAUGACGACCACAAAACCUCAAAAGGCGGCGUUUCGAGCGUGCGCAUGCUCGUUCCCACGGCUGCGCGGGUACACCCUCGGAAGUUUCUCAAGCGGCUACUUUUCGCCACUAUAGCUGGCUUCGUCAUCUACACCUUUAUACGGAACAUACCCUCAGACGUUGGUGUUCGCGAUCGGCGGCGCCCUGUGUAUGGGCAGCCGGCGACCGGCUUUUCGGCCGGGGCGCAAGUCCCACUAAGCGAGCAGGACGGCGAUGAGACCAGGACAGGUGCGGAUGGAGAGGACAUUUCGGUGUUCACAUACAACGGACCAAUUGAUCGACUGUCACGGCUGUUCCCGUCUCUUCGCACCCUCGGUAGCACGCGAAGCUCACUUCUGGUGAAUAAGCAUGUGCUUUUUGUGGCGGCAAGCUUGAAAAGCACCACAGCUCUUCUUCCCAUUGCCUGCCAGAUGGGCUCCGAGCUCCGGAAUCAUGUGCAGUUUGCCGUCGUGGGUCGGAACGAGAUCGAUAUAGAAGAGCUUGAGCAGAUGAACGGCAUCGACGAUUCAUGCCGCAUCACCUUUCACGGCAUGUCCCUCUUGUGUUCUUCCCCCGGAAACAUUGAGCUGUACAUGCACCCACAAGUCAUCGUAGUGGAUGGCACGCCCGCCGAAGAACUAUUUUUAAAGAGGGCGCUGGCUGUAUAUGUAAAAAGAGCGCCGACUACCAUUAUUGAACUGCCGGAAGAUGGUGCCAAGCGUUUCGGCUGGAUUGCAAAGCUUGACUCUGUAUCAUUGACGAACUGGAAUUCGUUCAGCAUUGAUAUCCUUAUUCAGGCCGUCCCAGGCGCCUCUGGAAGUCUAAUCCGGCUGCUGAAGUCACUGAGCCGUGCUGAUUUUGGCUCUCGAGCUGUGCCGCACCUAACGAUUGAGCUCCCUCAAAAGAUAGACCUUCCAACACAAGAGUACCUGGCAACCUUCCAGUGGCCCCCGCUGCCAGAGGGCGAUCCCCCAGCUUCACGGCAACUGUCCCUGAGACACCGCAUCGUCAGUCAUGGUAUUAAUGAACGAGACAGCUCCGUUCGAUUCCUCGAGUCGUUCUGGCCGGCCGACCCAAAGAAGUCGCAUGUUCUUGUGCUCUCUCCACAGGCGGAAUUAUCGGAAGAUUUCUUCCAUUAUGUCACGUACACUCUACUCGAGUAUCGAUAUUCCGGCCUACCGAAAAUAGAGAAGCAGCUCUUUGGGAUUAGCUUGGAACUCCCUUCGACUGCUAUUGACGGCACCAAGUUCUCGCCUCCAACUUCCCUCUACGGGAAAGGCAGAUCGGACCGUGAAGGAUCUGUCCCAUUCUUAUGGCAAGCACCAAAUAGCAAUGCCGCCCUGUUCCUUGGAGAGCGCUGGGCAGAUCUGCAUGGAUUUGUGUCAGAGCUGUUGACGAGACAGCCAGCGGUAGGCGCAGAUGGUCAGCCGCAGCCAAAACUUGCCAACAAAAUGUUCCCAUCGUGGCUAGAAUAUGCCCUGCAACUUUGCCAAGCCCGUGGAUACUGGAUGCUGUACCCGAGCGGGACUACUGCCGGCGCUCUCGCCACUAUCCACAACGAACUGUACAGACCGCCGGAGGAAUACGAGAAAGACGUCGUCAGCGAAACAGAAGACGACCCGACCGGCGGCAAAAUACUGCACGGGGGUGGCGUUGCAGAUACCGAGGAGGCAUCGCUCGGACCCAGCGCUACUCUCUUGGACGUUCUGCCUGAAACAGGCGGCCUGCCAUCCUUUGUGGAACUUCCUCUGCUCACGUGGGAGGGCAAACAGGCGACCUUGCGAGAUGUUGAUGUCCAGGCAGCCGAGUAUGCGCGGAAUCUCCAGCUCACAGUUGGCGGUUGUGCUGCUACGGAACUGAAGAACCUACCGCUGGGAACACUGUUCUGUGAGCAGGAUGCGUGA